GGAGCCGAGAGGCGGUUCUGCGCCUGCGCCCGGGCUGGUCCCCGUCUGCACGGAGGUGUACCCCCAGACAAGCUGCGCGAUGCGGAGGCUGCAGGUGGUGCUGGGCCACCUGAAGGGCCGGCCCUAUUCGGGCCCGGAGCCGGCGCUGCAGGCGGCGCCAUGCCUGAGUGGGGCCUCGCCGGCGUCCCCCGAGGACGUGGUGGUGGUGCACGGACGACGCACGGCCAUUGGGCGAGCGGGCCGCGGCGGCUUCAAGGUGAGGCCUCUCGGCCGGCCUGGGCGCUGGGUGUGCACGAUGAGCUGGGAGUCACCGUCCCCGCUGCAGGACACCACCCCGGACGAGCUGCUCUCCACAGUCUUGACCGCCGUUCUGCAAGACGUCAAGCUGAGCCCCGUGCAGCUGGGGGACAUUUGCGUGGGCAAUGUGCUUCAGCCAGGAGCUGGGGCAGUCAUGGCCCGGAUUGCCCAGUUUCUCAGUGACAUCCCAGAAACCGUGCCUUUGUCCACUGUCAAUAGACAGUGUUCGUCAGGGCUGCAGGCGGUGGCCAGCAUCGCCGGUGGCAUCAGAAAUGGGUCUUAUGACAUUGGCAUGGCAUGUGGGGUGGAGUCCAUGUCCCUGGCUGACAGAGGGAACCCUGGGAACAUUACUUCCCGCUUGGUGGAGAAGGAGAAGGCGAGAGAUUGCCUGAUUCCUAUGGGGAUAACAUCAGAGAACGUAGCUGAGCGGUUUGGCAUUUCCAGGGAGAAGCAGGAUGCCUUUGCGCUGGCUUCACAGCAGAAGGCAGCCAGAGCCCAGAGCAAGGGCUUUUUCCAAGCUGAAAUCGUGCCUGUGACCACCAUGACCCGAGAUGACAAGGGCAACGAGAGCACCAUCACCGUGAGCCAGGAUGAGGGGAUCCGCCCCAACACGACCAUGGAAGGCCUGGCCAAGCUGAAGCCUUCCUUCAAGAAGAAUGGCUCAAGCACAGCUGGGAACUCCAGCCAGGUCAGUGAUGGGGCAGCUGCCAUCCUGCUGGCCCGGAGGUCCAAGGCAGAAGAGCUGGGCCUUCCCAUCCUUGGGGUCCUGAGGUCCUAUGCAGUGGUCGGAGUGCCCCCCGACAUCAUGGGCAUUGGCCCUGCCUACGCCAUUCCUGAGGCUUUGCAAAAAGCAGGGCUGACGGUGAACGACGUGGACAUCUUUGAGAUCAAUGAGGCCUUUGCGAGCCAGGCCGUCUACUGUGUGGAGAAGCUGGGAAUCCCACCUGAGAAGGUGAACCCGCUGGGGGGUGCGGUGGCCUUGGGCCACCCAUUGGGCUGCACUGGGACUCGGCAGGUCAUCACACUACUCAAUGAGCUGAAACGCCGUGGGCAGAGGGCAUACGGGGUGGUCUCCAUGUGCAUCGGGACUGGGAUGGGAGCCGCUGCUGUCUUUGAAUAUCCGGGAAACUGAGCCCAGCAGGCCCCAGGCACUACCCAAAUGGUCCUCUAGCAACAGGAAAACAGCACUACAGAAAUGAGGUCAUGUGGGGAAAUCGGAAGUAGCGAUAGUGGACAAAUGGAGGCACUGCUGCUAAUUCGGGAAGUGGAAGCACGGAUGGAAGCCCGGGCGGGCUGACCGUGUGAUUCCUGUGGGAGUGGAGGUGCCAGAGGUGUAGUAAACGAGUGUUAGCAGA